AUCUCCUUUUACACCAAUAGGAGUUGCGUGUACUAGCGUCCAUUUUGUUUACAUUGCAAAGCUCGUACCGGGUAUCGUUCUAGGACAACUGCUAGUUUCGAUUUAUUACUUGUAAGCUUGAUUAACGAUUUAAAUAUGAGCACGCCAAAAAAUUCAGAAGGUGCUCCACAGCCUUCAAAAAUAAGGAAAGUUGAUACAUCACUGGCAGACGACUCUUUCUCCCGAGAGUAUGACGUGGCCACCCAGAAAGCCCUGGAAGACAUUGACAUUUGCCAAAAUGAAAUUGAUCAGCUCAUUGAAAAAGCCAGUGAGGAAAUACUUAAGGUGGAACAGAAAUACAAUCAAUUGAGAAAACCAUUUUUUGAGAAGAGAAGUGACAUUAUCAAGAAAAUCCCAAACUUUUGGGUCACAUCUUUUGUGAACCAUCCACUGAUCUCCAAUAUUCUAGAUGAAGAAGAGGAGGAAUGCCUGCAUCAUCUCACCAAAUUAGAUGUUGAAGAAUUUGAUGAUAUAAAAAGUGGAUACAGAAUUAAUUUCUAUUUUGAUACCAAUCCUUACUUCAGCAAUGAUGUCCUCACCAAAGAAUUUCAUCUUGGUUCAUCAGGCGAUCCGACCUCUCAAUCAACAACUAUCAAUUGGAAAGAAGGUCAUAAUUUAUUGAGCAAAUUUGAGGAGCAGCUGCAGAAAAAUGGGGGCAGUUCAGCAAGCUCCAGCAGAGGCAAGAAGAGGCCUCUGGAGACCCGCUCCUUCUUCAGGUGGUUUACAGACCAUGGCGAUCCUUCCUCUGACGACAUUGCUGAGGUUAUCAAGGACGACAUUUGGCCAAAUCCUCUUCACUAUUUCCUGGUGCCUGACAUCGAAGUGGAGAACGGCGACGAGGAGGAGGAUGACGGCGAGGAUGGUGAAGAUGAGGAAGAAGGCAUAGAGGAAGAUGAUGACGAGGAAGAGGAGGAAGAAGAAGAUGACGAUGAAGAAGAGAACGCGCGUGCUGCUGAGCAAGAUGACGCAGGUGGUGAAAAGGAAGAUGAGGGCGACGCCAACGAAGCCAAUAGCAAGACUUGAAGAUUGUGGCCGCUGUUUUCUAAGUUUAAGGCUUCUCUGUGUCCCAUUACAGCUCGUAUUAUAAACCUUCACCGCCAGACUUGUUAACAGUGCUGGUAGGUAGAGCAUCAUAAAAUUGCUCGAUUGGUCUUUUGGCGGUACAGGUCAAAACAGGCUCGUCAUAUGUUAUGAUAACUUGGCAUGUUGUGAGUGCGACAGAACGGUAUGAUUUUCAUGUUCCGAGCCUUAUUUGUUUAGAAUUCAUCAAGGAAGCAGAAUUUAUGAAUUUCGUUUUGAAGCAAGUUAUUUUCGAAUUCAAUUAUUUUCUGUACCAUCCGCAUCACGCAAACGCUUUUUUAUCCAUUUGGACUAAUUGUUUCAGCAGUUGAAGACGUAAAUUCUCUUUGAAUUUUCCCUCGUGCUAAUGCUGACUUAUGUUUGGGACUUGUGUAUUUGUACAUCAAGAAUGCUACUGAAUUGUGAUGUUCAUGUUUAUCAUUUACCGUUCGCCCUUAUCAGUCUUGUCAGCCUGGCACAAAACGUUUGCUUGUCUCGGGAAAAAGAAUGAAAUUAGUAGCAAUAUUGAAACGGCUCGAGUGAGGGAUGAAGUCAAAUUAACUGCAUAUUGUCUCAUGGAGGUCAAUGUUGUUCAUCAAACAAUCCUUUAUGAAAAGCUUGAUAGAAUUGUUUCUUAGAUUCCAAGGUGGGAGCGUAAAACAUUUUAUGUGUUCAUGCGCGAGAUUUUGAGGUUAGCGGUUUUAUUUUCACACUAGCCGAAAUUGUUCACUGCUCUGAACUUGUUAGUAACGUCUUUGAAUCGAAUCUUUUUUAAAGAAGCUAGCUUUAGAGAUCGGACUUCUACGUCACUAAGUUUCACGCCAAUGUUUAAAGGCCAUAAGCUUUCAACGUUGACCCUCGUUCUCUACUUUUUAUUUCAGACAUUUUUUGUAGCUACUGUUCAGACGAGCGACCUUGUUUCAGGAAUCUACUGUGAACAGAUGAAAAGACUUAUCGACUCCAUUUGAAUUUCCGUCAGUAACUCUUGAUUUUGCGAGCUGUUUUUGAUAAUCUGAAUGGAUGUACUCGAAGGAAUACAAUUUUUAUUUGCCA